CUCUCUGGUGCUCUUGUCUCCCUCAGACGGAGCUCAGCGUCUCCGUCUGCAGGUUUUCACUCCUCUCCUCCCGGCCUCCGAGAGCUCCGGAGCGGCUGGGCGCGCUGAACUUCUCCGGACAGAGGUGGACCUGCUCCGGCUGGGGUUGAACUCUCUCUCCGCCGACAUCUACAAUCAUCUCAGGAGGAUCUAGACGACCAUCGCCCUCUCUAACCGAGUUUGUGAUCCUGUUCACUGUCUGGUUUUAUUUCUUCUCGGUGAUGCCUCCAGACUGGAGCCGUUCUAGGACGCACCCACGCCGGACAGGUGCACCGCCUGCACACCGAGAGAGACUUUGUGAAAGCUGUUUGUGCGUAAAGAUGAGAGAAAAUUGAGUUUGAGGUAUAUUCAGAGGAGUUUUUCUACUCGUUUUCUAGAGAUGGAUCUAUCAUUUGGAGUGAAGAACCAUUUUGAUCUCAGGGGUUAGACAGACAGACAUCAUGCUGCUUCCAUUCUCGUGGUUACUGUAUGUGUGGCUGUACAGUGAGGCCGUGGCGAGUCAGCUCCACUUGCAGAAAACAAAGACGACUUUAGGCCCUCAUUAUGAAUCCGACCCCGCUGAAAGGAAUGCGCAGAGCCGUAAAUGGCGCACAGUUAUUGGGCAGGACAAUGGGGGGACGCGCGGUGCGGGAGCGCAUGGUUCAUGGCUGGAAACUGCAAAGCCUUCAGGAUCUGGACUGCAGGGGGAACAGAAACCCACACGCGCCGUGCGUAAAAGCGACGCGCAAAAUGUCCAUGGAGUUUUACGCAGUGGAGAUGAGCAGUGGAGUGGUCGAUGCCCCCCUGGAGAGGCGCUCAAACAAACCCCUAAUGGACGCGCAUGUCGCCCCGGGAGGCCUGCGCACAACAGGCGGCAGAGACGGAGCGCAAAGCCCUGCAGGAGGAAAAGGAGCGACCCGCCAACGGACGCGCUGGAGGAUCUACCCGCAGCCAUGGCCCAGGAGCAGGACACCGAGUUCCCCCUCGGACUCAACACCAGUGACUACGAGGAGGAGUACACGCUGCCGGACUUCCCUGACACCACGCCGCUCGUGCCGGUGGACACGCGGCGGAAACCGGUGAAGAACCCCUUCUAUCCGGUCACCGCGGAGUCGUACGGAGCGUACACGGUCAUGAUCAUCGCCGCGGUCAUCUUCAGCGUGGGCAUCAUCGGGAACGUGUCCGUCAUGUGCAUCGUGUGUCACAACUACUACAUGAGGAGCAUCUCCAACUCGCUGCUGGCCAACCUCGCGCUCUGGGACUUCGUCAUCAUCUUCUUCUGCCUGCCGCUCGUGGUGUUUCACGAGCUCACCAAGAACUGGCUGCUGGGAGAGUUCUCGUGCAGGAUCAUCCCCUACCUGGAGGUGAGAAAGAGAGAGGGAGGGGGAGGGAUGUUGCAGACUGGAGAUGAGUGAGAGAGUGAGUGAGCUGACAGGUGAGAGGAGCUCUGACACCUGAGGAAGCUCAGCCAUGAUGUCGUUUUGUAGGCAAACUGCAGAUUAAGAUACAAGAUUUAACUAAUCUUUGAUCUCCCUGUCAAAAUAUCAUCCUUAUGUUUCUCUAAUCUUAGUGCUGAGGGACAAAAUAAAACAGUUUUGUGGAUGAAUUUGUUUCAAAGUUUGUCUGAAGUUUACAUGAGGCAAACUUUCCCCAAAUUUAAGACACUCAGGAGGAGUUUUUUAAACUCUUUCCCACCCACAAAAAAAAACAGAUGAGAAGAGAGGAACAUGAAGAAGGUGAAAAAGUUUUAAUUGAGAGGAUAAAAACUUGUGAAAAUGGACUAAUUUUAGUUACCGAGGCUGUGAUAAUCAGUGAAUCCUCCUUCAAAGGCAGAAAAUCAGGUCUUCACUUUUUACGGUAGGGGAGAGUGGGGUAAGUUGAGCCACCCCCUGUUGCUUGGAAAUGGUCAAAGAAAUUGAUCAUGUGACCAAAUAUUGAGGAGAUGGGCAUCAAUUCAUGGAGUCUGUGAAGGUUAGAAGCACAUGGGUGAAGAAUUAUUGUAGCAGUUGAAAAGUGUAUAAUAGAUUAAAAUACACAUGAAUGUGAAGAAGUGACUGUUAUUUAGGGAGAGAGAGAAGGUGAGGGAGGCCUGGGGGGGAGAGUGGGGGGGGGUAGAGAUGCGGCUCAACUUACCUCAUACACGGGGUAAGUUGACCAUAGGAGACAACUUUAUUUUGGCGUGCUAAAUUAUCAAGACAGUUCUGUUUACACUCAUUCUGUUGGUUUACAGGGAUGCACAACAUCCUGAAAUAGUUCGAGACAAAACUAUGAUUAUCUUGAUGUAGUGAUCUGAAAUAUGAAAAAUGGAUCAUCUUACCCCACUCUCCCCUAUCCACUUUUUACUGCAUAAACAACACCAACCCAAAAGUGCAAGAAAAGACUGGAACAGGUGAAGAACUCCAGACAAUGUCGCCUUCUAGACUUAACCUGAUGACCUCUGAGGAUCUUCUCCGAUUAGCAGCCUGUGUGUGGUUGUAAGAGAAAACAGCUGUGUGCCACAACCAUCAAACACCAUAUUAGAGGGGUGUGCACACGUCAUCCGUCUCUAUACGACUGUGCAGUUCACAACUAAGGGUCAGGGAUAACAUGCGCCGACCAACUGCACCAGUGAUGCAUUUUGGAGGCGACAUGUGCAGAAGUGAUCUGGCUGCUGGAGGGAGUAUGUGCCUGCAGACGUAGAGGCUGCAAAUACAGGACUGCAUUUCUAAGACCUUAGUUUUAUGAGAUUGCAUCACCUGCUUCUCACCAAAGACCCCAUUUUAGUGUGAAAUUAACCUGUUUUGAUAUAACCCCAACCCUUACCCAGACUAAAGAGACGCUCACAGCUCCUGAGUGUUUACAGCGCAGGUUUAAUUUCCCCCAUGUUAGGAGGCGCGGACUUCAGACCGCCAGCAGGGUCUAAAUCAGGUCUAAUGACGCCUAAUGUAAGGGGGGCUUUAAUCUGAUCAGGGUCACAUCAGGCGGCAGAGCGAAGGGAGGCACCUGCUGUCCAAUCAGAGUGAAGAUUGGGAUUAAUGGGGUCUGAGAUUAAGGAAAGGCGACCCCCCUCAGGUCAGUCUUCAUCAGAGGAAACACGGAGAGGUCUGAGAGGAGAUCCAGAUUUAUGGACUUCCUGUUAAAUCGCUCGUCCUCUUCUUACAGCUCGAACCCUUUAACCUCCAAUGAACGAAAAUUCUAAUAGAUUUCAUUCAUCGUGGUAAAAUCUUGUCUGCACUCUAAGUCAGUUUGGGAGGACUUGACCCUGACCUCAUCCUGAUCAGGGAUCAGCUGGAACACUGACUGAGCCACGCUGAUCACCGGACGUCAGAGUUUGUCCUCACUUGUGCUCUUGUGGCUUAAUGGAAGUAAAUCCUCACCAAGAGCAAUUAAAGAGGGAGGAGAGGAGCAAAGCACAACUUCCUCAGGAACGAAUCGUUGGAUUGAAUGUAAGAAGCAAAAACAAUAAAAUGGGAUUCAAAUUUUGCGUUUUAGCAAACAGCUGCAUUUGGAGCUGCAGCCUGUCGGUUCAAGAAGAGCAAGAACGGCUCUUCUGUGUGGAAAUUUGAACACAAACUCAUGUUUCUCGUGCUCUUAUGUAAGGAUAAGAGCUCAGUAAAGAAACCCCCAUCUCGCCCUAUUUCCAAAAUUCCCCUCUCGAUAAGUUACAUAACCCACCACAUGGUCCCCCACAUCCCAGACGUGAAGAUAACUGAGGAAAGAUGGCGUACAAAAGCCAGUACAUGACCAGGGUGAUCAAGAGAGGACCCGCCUUCACCGGUGUUCUUGUUAAUUCAGGCUGAUGGCGUCCCUCUGGGGGAUUGAACUAAUGCUAGCUCUCACCCCUAAACACCCCUAAUACCCUCACUCAAGAAGGUAAAAAGAGAAAAGAGUCUGAUGGUGGUCCAUUUUACAGGAGGAACACUCACUGGAGCAGCAGUAAGGGCCUGUGUCCACUGACGCCGCCAUGUUUUGUUGCACUGGCUGCACCCAGUUUCCAUCAAAACCAAUUUUUUGUUUGUUUGCUGUCUCAAUGUCAGCUCUCCCUCAUCAACAAAUCAAAAUCAAGAAGGGGCGGGACUUCUGAUUUUGACUCUGCCAUCACUAAUGUUAGAGGUGCAGAGGAGAGACUAACCUGACUCACUUUCGAAGGGGACUAUUUGAGGUCUAGACCUGCUACAAUUACUGUGACAUAAUACCUAACGAAUGACUGGACCCCAAACAAAAAUGAAAAGAAGGGGAAAAAUAUAAACGUAAAUGAUCUCUGUUUAUACAGCCCUUUACAACAACCCUCUCAGUGAACCAAAGUGCUUUACAAUAGAAAAUAAAAAUGAAUAAAUAAAACAAUAAAAAAAGGAAUACAAUACAGUUUAAUAAAAUAAAGUGCCACCAUGCUACGAGGUGUUAAAAGCCGGCAUAAAUAAGUAUGUUUUCAAUCGAGAUUUAAAAAGGCUCAGGUCGGAAAAAAGUCAUUUCGGUGGGGAGUUUAUUCCAGAGCCUGGGACCAGCGACUGAAAAGGCUUGGUCACCCCAGUGUUUGGGUUUUGACCUGGGCACUUCCAGCAGAAGUUGAUUUGACGACCUCAGAGCUCUACCCGGCUCCCGAACGGUUAAAAGCUCAGUUAAAUAGAAGGGGGCGAGGCCGUUAGAAGCUUUAAAAACAAACGUUAAAAGUUUAAAAUCAAUCCUUGAAGAGACGGGGAGCUGAGAACCGGAGUGAUGUGCUCACAUCUGUAAGUGUUGGUUAAAAGACGGGCAGCAGCAUUUUGGAAAUGUGGAGAUGUCAACAUAAAGUGCAUUACAACAGUCUAAUCUUGAACUGAUCAGAGCAUGGAUGGAGAUCUCAAGGUUGUGAGACAAACCACUGUUAAUGUACACAGGCCCUAAUGCUCAGGGUUAUGGACGCCUACAUUUAACCGUCACCUAUAGCUUCAGAGUCCAGCUGUUCAAACACUUUAAUACCGCGUGUGUGUGUGUGUGUGUGUGUGUGUGUGUGUGUGUGUACUAAUCUCAGGGCCAUUAAUGCAGAGCUGAGGCCGGCGUCGUGACAUGUUUGCAACUGGCUGUAACAGAGACAAAGCUUUUUAAUGUGAAGAGGAAAGGUCAGAUUUAAUCCUCUUAGCAGCAGCAGCUCUCUUUGUUUGACACGACGACCUACAUGGUAUCAGUGAUGAGGCACCUUCCUCUUUGUUUAUCCCUUUUUUCCUCGUUGUUGAAUCACACAGUAACAGCGUUAAAUGUGAAACCUCGAGCAAACACAGUGAAGUAAACCAAAGUUUCCCUGCAGCCACGAAAACCAACGCUGAUGACUUUAGGAAAGACCGCGGAGUAGAGGAUAAUUAUGGGUAAGAAAGCCAAAUGAAUCACAUGCUGUUGUGGAAAACUGAGAUUUAAACACAGUUUUCUGAAAGCCGAGAGCAAAUGUUUGGAAAAGCAGCUUAAACCAACAAAACAAGCGGUUGCUUUAGGACUUUGGCUGGUUAUGACAGUUGCAGUGUUUCACACAAACAACUGGUGCGCCUGUCCAUUGUCCUUCAUACAGUGUGAAAUGUUCACAGCAGCUGAGACACAACAGAUGUGUUAUGUGACAGUGUGGCACAAAGCAGACGGCUGAAGAGCGUGUGUGCGCGUGAAUUCUACGACGCACCUGAUGGAAGAAAACACUCUUAAUGAUCUGGUCAGAGUUCACUUUGAGUUCAGGAUUUAGCCGUCCAGGGUUUAAGAUUUACCCAUGAAGGAAAUUCUGAUCGUCGGUGUCUCCGGUUAAAGUGACUGUUGAGGACAAGAGUUACCUCAGGACACGACAAAAAGAGCAGGUCCAGGGAUCCUCGAGGGUUGAGCUUCAACUCCUUUAACUCGAUCAAUAUUCAGGCCCCACCCACAGGAAGUGAUCGAUCAUCAACUGUUUGAGAAUCAAACAAGGUUACAGUCAACUGCAAACCACCAAGAACCAGAUCUCGGUUUUUCAAGAACACUGAAUCACAUCAUCGGCAAACAAUCAGAUCAUCAAAGUCCUAAAACUGAACACGCCUCCGUUAAAUCAACCUCGCCAACCAACUCAAAAUAACCUGACUCUUCUUCUUUUUCCAGGUGGCUUCUCUCGGGGUCACGACCUUCACACUCUGCGCUCUGUGCAUCGACCGUUUCCGAGCUGCCACCAAUGUGCAGAUGUACUACGAGAUGAUCGAGAACUGGGCGUCCACCACGGCUAAACUGGCCGUCAUCUGGGUGGGGGCUCUGCUGCUGGCACUCCCCGAGCUGUUAAUCCGACAGCUGGUCACCGAGGACGGCGACCCACCUGACGUGGCACCGUGUGAGCGAUGCGUUGUGCGAAUCUCCACUGACCUCCCGGACACGCUGUACGUCUUGGGACUGACGUACGAUGGCGCUCGCCUCUGGUGGUACUUUGGCUGCUACUUCUGCCUGCCGACGCUGUUCACGAUUCUCAGCUCACUGGUCACCGCGCGCAAAAUCCGCCAAGCUGAGCGGGCGUGUGUCCGAGGCAGCAAGAAGCAGAUCCAGCUGGAGAGCCAGAUGAACUGCGCCGUGGUGGCGUUGGCCAUCCUCUACGGCUUCUGCAUCAUUCCAGAGAACAUCUGUAACAUCAUCAACGCAUACAUGGCGGCUGGCGUUCCCAGGAGAACCCUGGACAUCCUGCACCUGGUCAGCCAGCUGCUACUCUUCUGUAAGUCGGCGGUGACGCCGGUGCUGCUGUUCUGCCUGUGUCAGCCGUUCACCAGAGCCUUCCUGGACUGCUGCUGCUGUUGCUGCGACGAGUGCGGUCCUCCUCGAUCCCCUGCCACCGCCACCAGCGACGUCGAUAAUGAGUGCACCACCACCGAGCUGGAGCUGUCGCCGUUUAGCACCAUCCGCAGAGAACCAUCCACCUCUGCAGGGUACGCCGUCGUGGGAACGCACUGCUGAGGUCGACAGAAUCCAUGAUGUGAUAAGAAACAUGGUUGGUGGACGCGUUGACAUAUCAGACUGUGAGUGUCUGAGAUUUUUACACCCCAAACUCUCGAGCACAUGGAUGUUUACUGACAGACUGUCUGAACACUGUUUACAAAAUUUAUAUAUGAAAGAAAAGAGUCUGUAUUAGCCCUGAGCUUCAUCUCUUUAGUUCUUUACAUUAACUCACCACUAUUCUCACUCAAACGGCACUCAGUCUGACCUUUUUACAUCAGACAGACGCUGAGGGCAGACAUGGGAUCAGUCAUUCCCGAUCCUGUACGCUACAAAAGGUUUUAUUCACAGGGAUAUUUGAACCCCUGGACCCUUUUGUGGUAUCUGGAGUACUACAUCAAUAUGCAUUGCCUUAAGGUAUUUUUCAGGAAUAGCCUGAGGACCAAUUGUGGAAUGUGGGUUUGUGUUUUCCUUGUUUAUCAUUAAUGACACCUGGGGUGAGAUAUCCUGGAAGGGCCACUGCACAGGUCACAGGUCACAGACCACCACUCUAGUUUACUCAAACACCAGAGGGUAAGGAAAAUAUCCCAAAAACAAAGAAAGGAUGUAGGAGGGCCUACAGCCCUAACCGUAUAUAACAGGGUCACAAACUCUGGUUUGGGAGAGCUGGACAUCAUUGGCCGUCCUCUCCCAGCAACUGCAGUGCUGUAUUGAUACUGGUUUUGUCUUUAUAAUAAACUCCUCUUAUACAAGCAA